ACCAAUGGUGUUUUUUUUCCUUUUGUUUUUCUUUUUCUUUUUGGUGGAGCAUGGCGUAGGUUCAUGCAAUAUUGGAAUUAUCUGAAUGAAAUAAUUACCCAUUCCUCACACGCCCACACCCUUCUUCUCCUCAACCCUCCUUUUCCUUAGCACAGACAAAUGGCAACAAUCAGUGCCACCACACUAGCCUCAACAGUUGCACGCGCUGCUGUGCCCCGGCGACUCACCGGCAUCUCCUCGUCGCCGGUGCUAGGAUUGCUUCAGAUUAGAGUUGGAGGUGGAAGGGUGAGGUGCUCCUCGGAGGCGAAGCCGCCGGUCACCGGCGGAAGCAUGGGAGCGUCGUUGCUUGCAGCUGCAAGCGUGAUGAGCGUGUCAAACCCAGUCCUGGCCCUGGUUGAUGAGAGGAUGACCACCGAAGGGAUGGGGCUCAGCCUGGGGCUCAGCAACAACGUGCUGGGAUGGAUCCUUCUUGGUGUUUUUGGUCUCAUCUGGUCCCUCUACUUUGUGUACACCUCCACCCUUGAAGAGGAUGAGGAAUCUGGGCUGUCCCUCUAAGCCCUUAUGUAAGCAUUGCACUGGAAAUGGAAGCAUGUCAGAGUGAGAACCUUAAAAAUUUAAUCACUUGUAUGAAAGGCUCUUAACAUCGUUUCUCAGUGUUGCGUUUUCUUGACAA